AUCAGGCACUGUAAAGUCCAUCAAUCUGCCAUUUCUGUUGAAAAUUUUGGCUUGAUUACGGUGUAUAUUGCUGGAUUUUGACUCUCCGGUGUUGACCUCUCAGCCCCACGCUCAAGGCUUGGCCCCGUUUCCACUUCGAAGCUGUCGUUAUCGUAUUAUAAUUGACAAAGGAAAGAAUUGGAGCAUGAAGUGACAGUACCAGGAGCACUUAGUUUCGUGCAGUUGGGCGCAAGUAGGACAUGCCAAAGCCUUUGUAACUUUAUUCAACAUUCAGGAUGUCCAGACGAGGCGCUGUCGGUGACAAGCUAGCAACGUAUAAGCAGAUGGAAUGCAGAGACUAUCGUUAAGCCAUGGUUAUCCAAAAAAAGGUAUUCUUCGUUGCAGCAAUUGGUGUCAGUACCCUAUGGUUGCUGUUUCUUUUCUCCGGCUUCGGCUCACCAGUUUGGGGUCAGAACUUGAGUUCUUAUGGAGGCCAGCGAUCACACGAAGACAAUGAGGGGCUGGGUGCAUCAAACCGAUGGAUACACCCGCAGCCAUUGGAGGUGCUUACUGAGAUUCCUCUAUCAUCAGACGAGGUAGCGGGAUCUGAUUUAUUGCGCACUACGUUGCCCAAUGUCUUGAUCCUCUCCCCAAUGAAACAAGUGAAAGAUCACAUUAGCAGAUACUUCACCCUACUCCACUCGCUUUCCUACCCUAAAAACUCAAUCUCGCUAGGGUUUCUAGUCUCCGACAGUCCGGAUGGAACCUAUGAAUGCGUCCGCGACCACUUCGUAGAGCGCAAGCUAUCAAUCACGAAUCAUACCGAGAAGUACCGCGACGUAACCUUGGUACAUCAAAACUUCAAUUAUAAUCCGGGAAAUAGUUGGCUGGACACUCACGCCAUGCGCUACCAGAUUCAACGACGCAGGGUGUUAGCCAAGAGUCGAAACUACCUUUUGUUCUCGGCACUACGACCUCACCAUGACUGGGUGCUCUGGAUAGACUCGGACAUCUCGGAGUACUCACCCUCUUUGAUUGAGGAUCUUUUAGUGUUCACCGGUCCAGAUAAGCACAUCAUCGUCCCAAACAGUUUUUGGAGAGAUGAGGAGGGUGAGGAACAUCCCUACGAUCGCAACAGCUGGCGAGAAACUGAGGAGUCGACGAAGUUUUUGGAGAGAACCCAAGAGGUGGUGGUGUUUGAAGGUUACCCGGCCUACUCAACUGGGCGAAUCAGUCUAGGCAAUCUCCGAGGAAGUAACGAGAGUAUAGUGAAAUUGGAUUCUGUUGGAGGCACCGUCUUGCUGGUUCGCGCGCGCUUGCACCGAGAGGGGCUCGUCUUUAUGCCCGUCCCUUUCCAGAAAGCCAUCGAAACAGAAGCGCUUGGGAAGCUAGCGCUCGCUUUAGGUUAUCAGCCAUGGGGUCUUCCUAAUUACAUCACUUUGCACUGAUCUUGCUUCUGAAAGCUCGCCAUUUCAAAGAUCCACCGUUUGAUCAUCUCGACUCCAAACGCAUGAACUCUUUCAUAAUCAAACGUUCAAAGAGCCCUCCCGAGUCUCGUCCUUCUCUAGAUCAUUCACUGAUUGUCAUCUAAGACAGUCUUACUAGUCUGCCCAGACCCGAGCUGGUGAUGUGUAAAUUUUUAAUUGGUAAAGCAGCGACCUAAUUUGCAUCAA